AUGGCAGCUGUGAUCCAGUCUGAACAGAACCCCGCCCACGCCGAGGAGAAUGACCCCGAAAACAGCAGCGACAACGACGAUGCAGCACAGGGCGAGCCGGCGCCAGCAGUGCCCGGCGGAGUGGCCGCCGUCAACCAGGGGGAGAAGCAAAUGCCCAUCGCCAACGUGAUCCGAAUCAUGCGCAAGGUCCUUCCCAGCCACGCAAAAAUCUCCGAGGAUGCCAAGGAAGCCAUGCAGGACUGCGUCUCCGAGUACAUCUCCUAUGUCACCGCCGAGGCGAACCAGCGCUGCCACGACGAGCAGCGCAAGACCAUCACCCCGGAGGAUCUUAUAUGGGCCAUGAGCAGGCUCGGCUUCACCGACUACGUCGAACCGCUCAGCCUCUACCUCCAGCGCCACCGGGAAUUUGAAGGCAUCCGCCGCCACGACCCGCUGCCGCUAGGCUCGCGCGCGCUGCCCCCUAUGGCCCCCGCGCCAGCUUUCGCACCCGCCCCGCUCAACGCCGGCAUGUACCAACCGCCUGCACCGCCAAUGUACAACAUGAUGGGCCCCCAAGGUACCGCACCCUUUUACUACCCAGACGACGCCGGGAGCAGCUCCAGCGCCGGGGCAGGCCGCGCCGAUGGGACGUUCAUGCCUGACGACUACUACAUGGACGGGACUGGUUGGACCCAGGGACCUCUCUAUGGGUAUGAUCCCUACAACCAGUUCAAGUAG